GCAAUGCCGCUGGGGAAGAAAGUCCGCCCCACCUCUGCGGCUGGCAAGAUACAAACUCAGAACAUUCCCAGCAUCUUGACCGAGUUGGGGCCUGCUGCUGGGAAUGCCGGACAACGCAGGGUGAAGACCUCGGGGCCAGAGCUGUGGGUUGAGAGAGCGCCCCCCAGCGGUGUGGUGGUCUCCCAGCAGGAUGACCCAGAGAUCAGCGGGCAGCGUCCCGAGUGGCUGGAGCGUGAACUGCUCAAGCAGGAGCAUCGCCGGCACUCCGUCGCCCUCGGAGACAGUGCCACUCUCCGCGAGCGACGCCUCUGGAGUGCCGACCCCAGUCGCAGCCUCCGCAAGCUGCAGAUUGACCAAAAAGUAUCUCUUGAAAACCUGGCAAAACUCAAACUGGCAUUUGAGGAAUUUGAGAAAGGUGGCAUAAGAUCAUUGGACAUGGCGAACUUCAAGCAAAUUGUCAAGAAGUGCUUGGGAUUACGUGAUGUUAAUGAUGAGCAAAUUCAGGAGCUAUUCAUGAAGAUUGAUUAUUCAGGAAACGGCAAGAUUGUAUGGGAUGAGUUUUGCACCUACAUGCAGCUGGAGUACACGGAGAAAGAGGAGUCCGUUUAUCGCAGCAAGCAGGUUGCCCUGGCCCUGCCAGCCUGCAUCAGGCCCAUGUGCCACGGAGAGCCGGUUCUUAAUAUCCGUGCCACCCCCGACGGAACAAUCGUGACCGUGCGAGAAGAUGGGGAGGUCUACUACUGGAACUCUGAGCUCCAGCUCAAGAAGAGCAAGGCAGUGUUUCAAGAACGACCUGUGAACAGGAAACCAAAGUGGGCCACUGAUUUUGUCAUCAUGCCACAGUACAACAAGCUGAUCAUCGCAACAGGCGAUCGUGAGAUCCAGUUCUAUGAGCUCUCUUCGUUGGAGCCCUACUGCCAAGUGAGCGCCCUGGAGACUGUGCCUCUGAGGAUAGACUUCUGCCUCAUGGACCCAGACAAGUGUGUGAUUCUGUAUGGAGAUGCUCAGGGCUGCGUGAACAUCAUAUUAAUGACUUCAGUUGGAGAGAUGCUGAGACUGUGGAAGAAGUUGCCCAAAGUCGAAAAUGUACCCAAUAUAGGAAUCGACAAUGCUGUGCUCUCUCCAAACGUGACAUACAUUCGAUGGAAGGUUCAUGAAGACUGGGUAACCCAGGUGAAAUAUUUUGACAGCAUGCGCGCCAUUGUCUCUACCUCUAACCAUGAGCAGUCUGCACUUGUGAUAGGUUGCGUGCUCCCCACGAUGAACAUUGAGCAGACCCUGAGGGAGAUCAGAGAGUUCUGCCGGGAGGGCAAGACCAGGAAAGUGCAGUUCGCAGGGGGGAGCCCUCAGCCGAGGCCCAAGGGCGACCAGACCAUCUUCCCCGUCUACAAAGGGGUGAAGACCUUUGACCUCUGCAAGAAGCACAACAUCCUGGUCACCGGCGGCAUGGACAGGCUCAUUCGCAUGUGGAACCCCUACGUCCCAGGGAAACCCACAGGCAUUUUGAAAGGCCACUGUGCACCCAUCUUCUACCUCUUCAUCUCCUCAGAAGACAACCGCAUCUUCUCAGUGUCUAUGGACAAUAUUGCCAAGAUCUGGGACUUGCAGGAUCAGUCUUGCCUGUUCACAGCGCACCCCAAGGCCAGCCUGAUCCGUGGAGAUGUGUCCGCCUGUCUCUUCUCCCCGUCCAUGAAAGGCCUCUAUGUUGCUGCUGAUUCCAUUGCCCUUCUCUCUGUCAGGACAAGGGCGCAGCCCCAGGGUCACCUGACCGUGUCCCACAGGGAGCCGGUGCUGUGCUGCGGCUACAGUGGAGCCUUCCGCCAGGUGGUCAGCUGUACCGAGGGCUCAGUUGUGAAAGUCUGGGAUUUUGAUACAGGGAGCCAAGUCUUCGAGUUUGGGAGUGCUCAUGGAGUGUCUGCCAUCACCUGCUUGACCUUUGACCCCCAAGGAAGGAGACUGGUGACCGGAGGCAGAGAUGGCAGUCUUAAAGUCUGGAACUUCAAUAAUGGCCAAUGCCUAAAGAUAUUCAGGAGAGAAAAUGGCAGUAAGGACGUCUGUGACUGCACGUAUCUGACAGUGAACAGAAACACGUAUGUAAUCUCAGUGGGCUGGAGCAGAAGGAUUGAUAUUUACUUUGACUCACCAGAAGACCCACGCCACAUCCAGAGUCCACAGCCCCCUUGGCAGGAUGACCUGAAACAUGGCCACAAAGAAGACAUCCUGUGUGUGACUCAGUGCCCGCCAUCUCUCCUGGCAAGCAGCAGUUUUGAUGGGGAAAUCAUCGUGUGGAACCUGGUUUCAGGACACUCCCAAUGCCGUUUCCUCACCCCCCUCCCUCCAGACUCCGCCUACCCUGAGGAUGCUGACAGAAGUGUUUCGAGCAUGGAGUUCCUGAGGACUCGAGCCCUGAAUGUUGAAUUCACCUCAGCCGCCUGUCUCAUAUCCUCUGGGCCACAAGGUUAUGUCAAUUUCUGGAACGUGAUGAAUGGAGGAAAAUUCUUCGCCAGCUUCCAAGCAUCUAGACUGAAAUGCCAUAUCACCAAACUGGCUGUGACGAAGGAGGACAACUUGCUCUACGCAGCUGAUCAGUCUGGCUAUAUCUACGUUUAUGACAUCAACAUGUACGCACUUGGCCCAGAGCGCGAUGCACCUAAAAUGACAAACUAUUGGCGUGCACACAUCAGUCGUGUCACUUGUUUGCAGAUCAUUGAAGACGACAAUAUGCUGCUCACCUCUUCUACUGACUGCACAGUGCGACUAUGGACUAUUCAUGGAGAAUUCAUAGGGACAUUCGGACAGUCAGAGAGCUGGAGCAUCCACACUCCCUCCUCCUGGAAGCAUCCCACAAUCCCCUACGAGAUUCUUAUAGAUCCCUUGAGCAUGCCAGUUCACAGCAUUCUAGAAGGGGAAGGCAGUGUCUCUGAUGUCAUCUACUCAGACCAAUCCAAGGAGGCCAAAGCAGCAGACGAAGCAAAAUCCGAUUCAAACAGCAAACUGAGAUACCCUCCACUGUACAUUAGUGACAAAGACAUUGAGGAGGAGAUUAAAAAUCCAUGUUACCCGAAAGAGCACGGGAAAAGACUCCGUCAUGAAAUAUUCAAGAAUGCCAACAGGCCACCCAACCACGGAGGUCCCAAAGCCUACCACACUUUGAAGUAUUUUGAGAUUGCCGACACCCCAACUUCUUUCAAGAGGCCCGACCUCUCCCUCGCGGGAAUGGACCCUUUCUUGUCCAGUUUUGCAGAGGACCAAUCUGUUGAAUCUCACUGACGCACUGUCAUGUUGUCCUGUAUUCAACCAUCUGUGCAGCUGGUGCAGUCUC